GCGAGCGAGAGAGAGAGAGAGAGAGCAUGUCGCCUCCUGUUGCUGCGCCUCACUGUGGGAUCUGCUGUCGACCUUUCAGACUGUGCACAUGAACGCAGAAAGCUUUUUUUACGCUUUUACUCGCUAUGUGCGAGCCGGAGGUUUGGCGGAGUGAACUAGCACAGCGUCUGCUCUGAGUCUUGAAGGGGGAAAGAAGGCUUGUCAUUGCGGGGAUUGGUUUUUUUUUGACACAACUUGGCAGAGAAGUCGCUUGCUUCUGCUUGUGGUGCUGCUGGAGCUGUUUGUUUGCAGAUAAAGUGUAAAACAAGUGUCAGAAAGAGAGCAACAGAUGUUUUUGGUGGAUAUGCGGCCGGCUGAGGAAUGAGAGCAGCAGCGAGGCACCGGCGGCCCUUCCAGCGGUUCUGCUGCUGUGGAGUUGGGCUGGUCGCCGUCAUUUGGAUCGCACAGGUCAUCCAGGCACCAGAGGCGGAUUCUGGGUUUCGACCAGGCGUGAACGGAGAGGAGCUGCGAUGGACUCGCCGGCUGAUGCAGGAGAAGUCAGACAACCAGAGCAUGGAUCAGCCCCGAGCAGCCAUCCACGAGUUUCCAAAGGACAUCUUUACCAAGGAGCAGAGGAAGAAGGGGGCUGUGUGUCUGCAUGCACUCUGUGCCAUCUACAUGUUCUACGCUCUGGCCCUCGUCUGUGACGACUACUUUGUCCCUUCCCUUGAGAAAAUAUCUGAGAACCUGCAGCUUAGUGAAGAUGUAGCCGGGGCAACAUUUAUGGCUGCAGGAAGCUCUGCUCCAGAGCUUUUCACCUCUCUCAUUGCUGUUUUUAUCACCCAAGGAGACCUUGGCGUCGGCACGAUUGUCGGCUCUGCCGUCUUCAACAUCCUGGUCAUCAUCGGCCUGUGUGGGAUCUUUUCGGGCCAGACAGUGGUUCUGACGUGGUGGUCCCUUUUUAGAGAUUCCUCCUACUACAUCCUCUCUGUACUGACUCUCAUCAUGGUUAUCUAUGAUGCCACAGUUGUCUGGUGGGAGUCCUUGCUUCUCAUGACCAUGUAUGGAAUCUACAUUAUAAUCAUGAAGUUCAACUCCCAGAUUCUGGCAUUUGUGACGCUUCAGCUCAGGAGCUCCGGGCCGUGCUGCCUCCGAUCAGAGAACCACGGAGACGACAAGAUGGGAGAGGACGCUUCUGCUUGCAACACCUCCAUGGUGCUUCUCAACAAAGGCCAAACCCACGGUCAGGAGGCUCCUCCAGUCAUCAUGGUGGAUGAGCUUCUCAUCCUCAACCCUCACAAACUAUCCUUCUCUGACGCUGGCCUGCGUAUCAUGAUCACCCCCCACUUUUCUCCCCGCACCAGGCUCUCAAUGGCAGGGCGCAUGCUCAUCAGUGAGAGACAGAGGCUGAUCCAGAGUUCGAAGGAUGGCGAGGCCAGCCCCGGGUCACACGGGGGAUCAACCUGCAACAGCCUGAAGAGAUCGGGCUCCUGCAGUCUGGAGAACGGAGGCAAGAGACCCGAGAUAGGAGACACAGAGUCAGGAGUCAAGCCUGGGGUCGAGGUGUCCCAGACAGAGGAGGGGGAGGGGGAGGAAGAUGGGAUUUUCAGUCCCGUGCGCAUACCAGGUAGCUGGUGUGGCCGGGUAAAGUGGUUGAUCAAGUGGCCUCUGGGCCUCCUGCUCUACUGCACUGUGCCUAACUGUAUUCGGCCACGCUGGCACCGCUGGUUCAUGGUGACUUUCGUUGCCUCCACCCUGUGGAUCGCCAUUUUCUCCUACCUCAUGGUGUGGAUGGUCACCAUCAUCAGCGACACACUAGACAUCCCAGACUACAUUAUGGGCAUAACCUUCCUGGCAGCGGGGACCAGCGUGCCAGACUGCAUGGCGAGUCUGAUUGUAGCUCGACAAGGCAUGGGGGACAUGGCAGUGUCUAACUCCAUAGGCAGCAAUAUCUUUGACAUCCUGCUGGGUUUGGGUUUUCCCUGGGCUUUGCGUACCCUUGUGGUGGAGCAUGGAUCAUCAGUCUCCAUAAAUAAUAAAGGAUUGGUCUAUUCUGUCGUCCUGCUGCUGGCAUCUGUGUUUCUGACGGUGAUGAGUGUUCAUCUGAACCACUGGAGGCUGGAUCGCAGGCUGGGUCUGGGUCUUCUGUUUCUCUAUGCCAUCUUCCUGCUCUGCUCCAUCUUCUUCGGGCAGAUGUGAGGCUUUAAAGGUCAACCCUGUAAGACAACAUGAUGAGUACCUAACUUCCUACUACACGUCCUCUUUCCCGAAACCAAAAAAAGAGUGACAGUGUUGUUAUGUUCCUUGUGAGAGUUUCUGUGCACCUCUGUAGGACUCUCUAGGGGGAAACUGUCCACAUGCAACUACUCAAACACACAGUGAAGUCUUUUAUCAAUAGCACUACUUUCUUUUUUUGUACAGUGCAGUGUUUGAAAACCGUCUUUAAAGUAUCAAUUUGGAUGUCUUACCAAAAUAUUCAACGAUAAGGCCGAUGGAAGCAGCCGGCUUGUUGGGCCUUUUAAUAACAAAAUGAAACAGGAAGUGACCUCAACAAAAGUAUGUAACGGCUCACUCACUUAAUUUGAUGAGAUUUUAAUGCCAUAACUAAAUGGAAAUUUCAGUUUCCACCACAUUACAACAAUUAUAUUGUGUGCCAGUUUUGUAUUAGAAUAUUCAACGAUGAAUCUCUUGGCCUUUCCUACGAAGAUUAUUUGCCAAAAGUUUCCGUUUUGAGAGGGAUCACUUCCUGCUAAAACUCAGCCAAGUUAACUUCCCAGCUAACUAGUUAAAAAUAUAUUUUUUAAUAAAUGAUGUGUCUACACGAUUUCAUUAAAGCAAUAAGCCGUUCGAAAUUUAGAUUUACAGUAAUUUGAAAACUGUUGCUUUCUGUCACUGCUCUUUUUAUUUGUUAAAUGUAUUUAUUUAUGUUUUUAAUGUUCAUGUUCUGAAAUGUGCUGCAGACCAGCAAAUUAAUUACAGGAUCAUUAGUUAGUUGAUUUUGUCGGCGAGACAUUAAUCAAGUUAUUAUAGAGAGUAUAGCCACGUAUUGUCUUCAGAAGAGGUCAGGGACCAGGAUGUGUGACAAGAGGCUGAAAUCCAUAGUGAAAAUAGAUAUUCUGUUCAUUUGAAAAAACAAAUAAAGGAUUUAAGAAAUGUAUUUAUAUAAAUA